GACUUUAUUGAUCGCUAUGCUGAAGCAAGUUGUUCGCUGGCCGUUCCUCAUAACAAUGUGAAAAUACACGCGAAUGUAAGAAAGUGUAUAAAGGAAAAUAAAUACGACUGUGUUUAAGUGGAGAAAAAUGAAGGAUCAUAUUUCUACAUGUAUUGUAUCUGUUUGCUACAUAAUGAAAACGGAUAUUAAGCGUCUGUGGACCUCUGAUUAUUUGUUAAUUGACAUGGAAAAAGGUUAGAGAAGCUGAUAAAAGCUGUAAAAACGCGAGAAAAUGAUUCCUCCGCACCUGAUGGUGGGUGGGGUUGGGUGAUCGUGUUUGCGGUUUUUACAGGGAACUGCCUCAUGGAUGGAUGUAUAGGCUCGUACGGGAUAUUCUACCCGGAGAUAAUGAGAACAUUCAACUCGGGACCAGUUGUGACCUCCAUGGCUGGUUCGCUUUUACCAGCCGUACAUAUGAUUUCAAGCCCUGCGGUGGGUAGAAUGAGCAUGAAGUAUGGAAGUCGCCCAGUGUGUUUUGCAGGCAGUUGUAUAGGUGGUCUUGGAUUGGUUUUAGCAUCAUUGUCAAACAAUAUAGCUGUGUUCAUGAUCACAUUUGGAGUUAUAUUGGGAAUCGGUAUGAGCAUGAACUUUCUGCCAGGCCACGUGAUCACAAAUAAU